CAGGUUUCUGGACCUUGACAGUUUUAGGACAGCAUGUCUGACAACCAACAAAAUCAGAGGAGAAGCAAAGAAGAUUGUGAAAGUGUUGCUCUUGAGAAUGCAGAGAAGAUAACGAAAGAAAUGCAUCGGUCAUACAAAGCUCUAGGAAAAAACAGGCAAACAUCACCAACAUCCAGUCCAUGGCCGGAUCAACAAGUGGCAUGUUUUCCAAGUAAAAACCAGUUAGCCUUACAGAUGAGACAUCACACUUCUUUACCUUUCUCCCUGAAGAAGAAGAACGUAGGGCAUGGCUUUGACUUCAGCUUUCUGCUACAGGCUGCCUCAUGCCCAGAAUCUAAUGUUUCAAAAUCAUUUAUGGGUUUAAACACUUUCCUGAUAAUAAAAGCACAAAUACAACAAAAGUUAAAUAUCGCAGUGCUAAAACCCAGGAGCAGCAGCUCUAAGUUUUAUUUACCACCAGUGAUGUGUCAGCCUGUAAGAACAAUUCAUCCUGCUCCUCCAGAGGAUAAUAUUGUCAAUGAAGGCUCCCACAUCAGGCAUAUUUUGAAUAUCAUGAACCCUAUUCCUUGGCCUAUAAAAACAGUUACUAAAUUUUAUCAUUAUCAGUUAGACAAUCUACUAAAAAGGCACACUGAAAAGUCAUCAGAUCUGAUUGUGGCUACUUUUUCUGAUCAGUUCACUCCAAUGAAAGACCUGUACUACUUCAGCAUGAACAACUAUUACAAGUACCCUAACAACAAGAAAGAAGAAAUUCAAAGCCAUUUAAAAUGGAGGGAAGCUGAUGUAGCAACCCAUACUGAAAAGAAUGACAAGACAAAGUACCAGCUCUUGGUGGCUUGUAAGAACAUAGAUCUUAUGAACCAAGACAGUUUCUAUGAUGAUAGUCAUCCUUACUUGAGCUCAAAUAAUGCUCUGAUAAACUGUGGAAUAUUUACAGCUCAGACAACAUUUGCAACGUCAAGCAAUGGAGAUGCCUCAAGAGCUGGCAGUGAGGGAGGAAAAACAGAGAGUUGCUGUAGAUCUGGUCCAGAAGAAGAAAAUGCUACAGAGGUAAUAGUGGAUUACGGACCAUGUGAAGGUGGUGAGAGUGCGAACUUUGUGCUUGACAAUCGUGAUUUAGAUUCUUCCUGUAAAAAUGGAGUGAUAGAGGCCUAUCAUGCCUUAGAAGAUAAUUCUGUAGUUGCAGGAAUUCCCAGAGUAGAAGUGGAAGUUCCUUCUGGAAAACAGACAGAAAAUCAUGUUUGUCUCUCUGAAUUUGAAGUGGAAAAAGAAGCAUUGUCAAAAGCAACUUCAAAAGACCAAAGUGAGCUUGUACCUGUUGUUCAUGUUACAUUCUCUGAACAAGACCCAGCUAGAGAGCCACACAUUGUUAAACAGCCUCCCACAAAAAAGAGUGUAAUUCGUAGUCUGCCUCCUCAAAUUACUCAGAGCUUCAACAUCCUUGCUCGCAGAGAAAAUGGUAAAAGGAAAAUAAAGAUAGAUAAACCCAAAUAUUCAUCAAAAUCUAAAAUGUGUAGCAAGAUAAAGAUUUCUGAAGACUUAAUUGUUUCUGAUGAGAUUUCAAGAAAUUUUAAUGCCAAGAGUCACAUUUUUCCAUCUUUGGAAUUGCCACACAUCGAAUCUGAGACUUCCCCAAAGCAUCAAAAAAAAACCCCUCAUGCUGACAAAGACCAUUUUGCUCAGAGUACUCAAAAACUUAAAAAGCACAGUUUCUCCUGCAGUUGCAAAAAUUCAGUUAUCUUAAAGAAACCUGCUACUCCCCUUUCUCUACCACAUGCACAGUCUGCUUCAGCUUUUGUAGAUCUGAAAUACAGUGACAUGUUCAAGAAAAUAAAUUCAAAUGACAAAGGCCCAGGUAUUUAUGAAAUGUUUGGAACUCCUGUCUAUGACCACGUGCGUGAGCUUGAUCAACACAAGAACAGAUAUUACAAAGAUGCUACAACUGGGAGAUGCACUGCUAGCAUCUGCAGGAAAGGGAGAGAGGGCAGCCGAAUAAGAAAUACUGAAAAGAGAACAUGUUCUAAGCCGAAGAAGACCAUACCUGGCACAAAACAAAAGCAGAAGAGUUUAAUUACAAAGGACAGAAGUAUCAAGUUGAGUGACAGCAACACAGAACAAGGUAAUGUAAUAACUUCUGAUUCAGAUGUUCAGAUAAACACUUCAAGGAGCAUGAUAUUGCUCCAUGAAGACACAGAUCAUCAGCUUAUAUUUUUAGAAGAGCUUUCCCAAUCAACUAAGCAAAAUAAAUUUUUUUCAAAUUCAAACUUAUCAACUAUUAAAGAAGUUUCUUUGGAGCAGCCUGCAGACAUCCAGGAUAUAUCCAGCCAUCAGAGACCUGCUGCCUGUAGCCAGAAUCUUCUGCAGUUUAGUGAUAAAGACUACACAGACUGUGUUCCUCUAACUAGCAGUCCACUAACAACAGACAAUAAUGUUUGUGUACUGCAGCAAAGGAUGGAUAUGGACGGCUGCAAAGGCCUGGAAUCAGACCAGGCCUCCUUCAAGUCUAUAAAUAAAAGUGAAGCAUUGCCCUUUUUGUAUAGGCUGCAGUGUCAGUCCCCUCCAAUACAGGUAAAUCAGAGUUGGGCAUACAGACCUCAAAAUUGUGGUUUGCCAAAUGAAUUGACUCAAGCUUCAGUAAUUCAGACAAAAAAUGUUACAAGCCCCAGUUUCCAGACAAGUCAAUGCAUUUUGUCCUGGGCAGAUAAUGAGGAUAUGACUGAUGAGUUGCUUUGUUGUCUGGCUGAAGAAUUGCUAAUGCUUGAAGGAAAAGACAUCAACUCUUCAAGAACAAAAAAUACAAGUUCUAAAAUGCAAAAUAUGCAUACUAAAGAAGAAGAAAAUACGAUGAAUGGAGGUGGAGCAAUAGUAAAUAGUGUUCUAGAGAAGAGGUACAGUAAAGCCGUUUUGACAUCAAACGAAGAAAAUGAUCUACUAAGCUUUGAGGAACCUACUCAAUUACCAGGAAGCAGUUUAAUUAACAAAGAUCCUAUCGUGUGGACAAGAGGUGAAGUCCUUGGAAAGGGAGCCUAUGGCACGGUAUACUGUGGCCUGACAAGCCAGGGACAGCUAAUAGCUGUAAAACAGCUUGUUCUGGAUACAUCAGAUCAAGUCACAACAGAAAAGGAAUAUCAGAAGUUUCAUGAAGAAGUUGACCUUUUGAAGACAUUGAAGCAUAUCAAUAUUGUAACUUAUUUAGGGACUUGUCUUGAAGACAACAUUUUAAGCAUUUUCAUGGAGUUUGUUCCUGGUGGCUCGAUUUCUAGUAUUAUUCAUCGUUUCGGUCCAUUGCCAGAAAUUGUUCUUUGUAAAUAUACAAAGCAAAUUCUACAAGGAGUUGCAUACUUACAUGACAAUUGUGUGGUACACAGAGAUAUCAAAGGCAACAAUGUUAUGCUCAUGCCAAAUGGUAUAGUAAAGCUAAUUGACUUUGGCUGUGCCCGGAGGUUAGCUUGGGUAAGCCUCAGUGGCACACAGAGCGAGAUGCUCAAGUCUGUGCAUGGGACCCCAUACUGGAUGGCACCAGAAGUUAUAAAUGAAUCUGGAUAUGGAAGAAAAUCAGACAUCUGGAGCAUCGGCUGUACUGUGUUUGAGAUGGCAACAGGAAAACCGCCACUGGCUUCCAUGGACAGGAUAGCAGCCAUGUUCUAUAUUGGGGCCCACAGAGGACUGAUGCCUUCCCUACCUGAUCGAUUCUCUGUCACUGCAGUGGAUUUUGUGCAUGCAUGUUUAACCAGAGAUCAAGAUGAACGCCCUUCUGCUCUGCAAUUGCUGGACCACCCCUUUGUGAAAAGAAGACAGUGACUUUUUCAAACCUCUUGCCAAAUAAGUAUGCAUUUUCCAUAUAAAACUAUCCACUUGGGAAAAAAAAAAA